UGGCGCCGCGCGGUUCCUCUCGGCCGCCGUCGGCCGCCCGCUCCCCGCCCUCCCGCUCCCGCCGCCAUAUUGUGGCCGCCGCCGCUCGGAGCCGCCGCCGGAGGAGCGUCCGCCCGGGGACCCGCGAUGGACAGCAUGGCGAGUCCUGCGAAGGACAACUAUCGAAUGAAGUGCUACAAGAACAAAGCCCUCAAUCCUGAGGAAAUGCGUCGGAGGAGAGAAGAGGAGGGAAUUCAGCUGCGCAAACAGAAACGAGAGCAGCAGCUCUUCAAAAGAAGAAACGUGGAAUUAAUCAGUGAAGAUGCAUCCAUGUUUGACAGCCUCCUCAUGGACUCCUAUGUCAGUUCCACGACGUGUGGGGAGGGAGUGAUCACAAGAGAGAUGGUAGAGAUGCUUUUCUCAGAUGACCCUGAUCUUCAGCUAGCAACCACACAGAAAUUCAGGAAGUUACUUUCUAAAGAGCCAAAUCCUCCAAUAGAUGAAGUGAUAAACACUCAAGGAGUGGUGGACAGAUUUGUGGAGUUCCUGAAGAGAAGCGAGAAUUGCACACUACAGUUUGAGGCAGCGUGGGCACUGACGAAUAUUGCAUCAGGAACUUCCCAGCAGACAAAAAUAGUAAUUGAGGCCGGGGCAGUUCCUAUCUUUAUAGAGCUGUUAAACUCUGACUUUGAGGAUGUUCAGGAACAGGCUGUCUGGGCAUUGGGGAACAUUGCUGGAGACAGCUCUGUGUGUAGAGAUUAUGUCCUUAACUGCGCUAUCCUUCCUCCCUUGUUAAUGCUCCUUACAAAGUCCACCAGGUUGACAAUGACACGGAAUGCUGUUUGGGCCUUGUCAAACUUGUGCAGAGGAAAGAGUCCACCACCUGAGUUUGAUAAGGUAUCUCCCUGCCUGCCAGUGUUGUCCCGACUGUUAUUCAACAGUGACUCUGACUUGCUGGCAGACGCGUGCUGGGCUCUUUCCUAUUUGUCAGAUGGCCCCAAUGAGAAAAUUCAAGCAGUUAUUGACUCGGGGGUGUGUCGGCGACUGGUCGAGCUGUUAAUGCACAACGACUACAAAGUGGCCUCCCCAGCACUGCGGGCGGUCGGCAACAUCGUGACAGGAGACGACAUCCAGACCCAGGUGAUUCUGAACUGCUCAGCCCUGCCUUGCCUCCUUCAUUUAUUAAGUAGUCCCAAGGAGUCCAUCAGGAAAGAAGCCUGCUGGACCAUAUCUAACAUCACAGCAGGAAACAGAGCACAAAUCCAGGCAGUCAUAGAUGCAAACAUCUUCCCUGUGCUGAUAGAAAUCUUGCAGAAAGCAGAAUUCCGUACAAGGAAGGAGGCGGCGUGGGCAAUCACAAACGCAACGUCAGGAGGAACUCCUGAGCAGAUCAGAUACCUGGUCAACCUGGGUUGCAUCAAGCCUCUUUGUGACCUCCUUACCGUCAUGGACUCCAAGAUCGUUCAGGUGGCAUUGAAUGGCCUGGAGAACAUCCUGAGGCUGGGAGAGCAGGAGGCCAACCAGAGCGGGACGGGCAUCAACCCGUACUGCAGCAUGAUAGAGGAGGCUUACGGCUUGGAUAAGAUAGAGUUCCUGCAGAGCCACGAGAACCAAGAGAUCUACCAGAAAGCCUUCGACCUGAUUGAGCACUACUUUGGAGUAGAGGAUGACUCCGCUUUAGCUCCCCAGGUAGAUGAGAACCAGCAGCAAUUCAUCUUCCAGCAACCUGAAGCCCCUAUGGAAGGCUUCCAGCUAUAAUGUGCCCCAGGCAAAAAGACCACCACAAAUUUGCCAGAAAGCAACUGGGAGAAGCUGAUUGUCCCAUUCCUUCUCGCACAUGGAAGGCUGAACACUCACUCCACCUGUUAGGAAACAAUUCUUCCUUCAAACAACUAGACAGAGUGCUUUAUCCUCAUGAAGAAAAUGGGAUGUCUUGCACGUUUUUUUCUUUUUGCUGCUGCAUACGUGUCUUUAAAGCAGGCAUCUGGGUGGAGGAAGGACACUGAGGUAACAGAUUGCACCUCUUGGGUUUUUUUUCUUUGUGGUGAUUUCUCCCAAAUGUCACUUCUUACCUCGGGUACUUAAUUGAGAUUUCAGCGUUGGGUUGGGUAAGAACAGAAAUAGAAAGUGAGUAUUCUGACAAGAAUAAUUCUGGAAACCUGGGUUGAUCUAUUUAAUUUUUUUGCACAUGUUACUCUUAUUAAAGACUCUAAUUUGCCAAGA